AACAUGAGCAUUUCGAGAACCGGUAGUAGCGGUACUACGCAAGCUUGCUACGCGUGUAAAUACCAACGUAGGAAGUGUGCACCGGACUGCAUCCUCGCCCCGUAUUUCCCUCACGAUCGACAACGACAGUUCCUGAACGCGCACAAGUUGUUCGGGUGAGCAACAUAACCAAGAUCAUCAGGAACCCAACCCUCCAGAAAAGGACAUCGCCAUGCGCACGAUCGUGGUCCAAUCCGACGCGCGUGCCAACCACCCUGUCGGAGGGUGUUAUAGGAUCAUACAAGAACUCCAACGACAAAUCGAAUACAGCCAGGCCGAACUUGACCUCGUUUACCAUCAACUAGCCAUAUGUCGAGCACAGGCCGCCCAACAACAACCUCAACAACAUAACGAUUUAAACCUAGGGGGUGACAUAAUCAAUCCCCAAGAUCCAUUGAACUCGUAUAAUUCGAACUAUUACUACGUUCAAGAACCUGACGACGACCUAUUCGCAAUAAACAACGACGACGACAACAACAAUAACCAACACCAACAACAACAACAUGAGUUGCAUGAAAACUACGAUCAUUCAUGGGAAAUACACGAAUCAACGAUGGCAUUGUCCACGUUGAACAUCAAGCAGAGUUUUAUGAAACAAUGUGACAACAACGAAGUAGUACAUAAUGAUGAUGAUGAUGAUGGAGUUAAGCAUGAUUAUAGAAUACCGUGUGAAAGGCAUAACGAGAUGAAGUUUGAGAUCGAGGACAUAGUUGAAAGGAGGUUUGUGCCAUCGACACAGCUGGUUAUGUCAUCUUAAUAACCAUAUAACGUUUUUUUAAUUAUGAGAGAGUGAUGAAUAUACGAUUAAUAUAAGAGAGAGAA